UGUUUUUCAAACAUGGAAUAAAGAGUUGUCGUGACUCGUGAGCGAGCCUGAGAGAAGAAAGAGGAAUGAGGGGGAAGGUAGAAAAAUGGCGAAGCAUUUGGAGUCAGAUUGAUGGAAAAGCAAGACAACAGGGUUGCCGAUUGUUACAUGAGGGUCCAGACACCAUGGAAGAGCUUCUAGAUAGGCAUCUCGUCAAGAAGAAGCAGCAGAAGGAUGACUCUGACGACGACGAGUUGCUGAAUCAACGGCGGCUCACCAGCACUCGCCGGGAAGCGCUGAGUCUCUAUCGUGACGUUCUCCGGGCAUCUCGCUUCUUCACGUGGCCCGAUUCCAACGGCGUCCUCUGGCGCGACGUCCUCCGUGAGAGCGCGCGGAAAGAGUUCGAAUCGGCCCGCUUCGAGACCGACCCGGAAGUGGUGACCCGUUUGCUAAUCGGAGGCAACGAGGCGGUGCAAUCCGCUGUCGAUAAGCUCGUCGAGAAGCAGAAACAACAGACUCUGAAGGAUCGUGGCGGUGCAGAUCCUCAUCAACGCUGAUUUUACUAAUCUUCCGUUUGAGGUAUACAAAGUUUUGCAUUUCCAGUGCCCUGAAAUUUUACAGAAGUACUCAAGUACACACGCUUGCCAACUCAAGAGAGAAUAAAACAGCAAGAAAAAUCCAGAAACGGCUCUGUUUUCCUUUUCAAUACAUCACCAUUAUCGUGGUUUCUCUUUCUCAUCAUGAUCAAGUGUCCCCUUUCUCAUCAUAGCUACAAACUCCUGGUAAUUAAUCCUUCCAUCCUGCAGAUUGAAAGCGCCAAACCAAAGUCAGAAUUCACAUGGAUGGAAGAACUAUGAAAUUAUAACAGGAAUACAUAUUGAUAAGAAGCCAAUACAUCGUAAACUAUUCAACAUACAUUGUCAGUGUCCACAUCAUCGAUGACUUCAUCUAUAGCCGCUUCAUCUCCCAGGUGAUAUUCAGUCAAAGCAUGUCUAAGUUCAUCUCUUGUUAUAUAACUGAAGAAAUGUAGGCCAAACAGAACUUCAGGUAAGCAAGAACACAAGAAAACUCACAAUUAAAAGAGAUGAAAACCUGAUGUUGAUUAUGCAGUCAACAUCUGAAUAACUUGUCAAUAAGUGAUUCUGAUUAAUGCUAUUGAACAGUUUUUACUUACCCGCUGUUAUCCUUGUCAAAGUAUUGAAAAGCCUUGAACAAA